CGACCUCUCGGAGCACUUUUAAAUGGCUUUUAGUCCUUUUCUGUGGAUCCAGGCCACCGGCCACCCUCCCUCCCCCCUCCCGGGCCAGAGCGCUCGGUACCUCUGCUGAAUGCAGCUGUGGCCUUUCUUUCUCCCUCGCUUCCUCUGCUUUGCCCUCUCCUCGCAUCCCCCCCUCCUCCCGCCCCCCAACCAAGUCCGCCGCUCCUGCCAGGCGGGGGGAGGAAUAAAUAGAUGCCGCAGCCCGCACAGGCUUAGAGGUCGGCCCUGGAGCAGCCGCAGCCCCGCGCAGCUCCCGGGACCCCAUCGGGGCCCUCGGCCUGGAGGAAGCUGCGAGGUUGCAGCCGGGAAGGGGUGGCGCGUGGGGGGCACGAGCUCCCGGCGCCCGGUGUCUGUGGGCUCCCCCGGUUCCGCGGCCCCCGCCCCAGCGCGCGGGGAUGAUGGGCUGCGGCCGCCCGGGCGCGGUGCCGCUGCUGCGGGCCGGGCUGCUCGCCCUGGCGCUGCUCUGCCUGCCCCGCGCUCCCGCAGCCCGGGCUGCCGCCUGCGAGCCGGUGCGCAUCCCGCUGUGCAAGUCCCUGCCCUGGAACGUGACCAAGAUGCCCAACCACCUGCACCACAGCACCCAGGCCAACGCCAUCCUGGCCAUGGAGCAGUUCGAAGGGCUCCUGGGCACCCACUGCAGCCCGGACCUGCUCUUCUUCCUCUGUGCCAUGUACGCGCCCAUCUGCACCAUCGACUUCCAGCACGAGCCCAUCAAGCCCUGCAAGUCGGUGUGCGAGCGGGCCCGGCAAGGCUGCGAGCCCAUCCUCGUCAAGUACCGCCACUCGUGGCCCGAGAGCCUGGCCUGCGACGAGCUGCCGGUUUACGACCGCGGCGUGUGCAUCUCGCCCGAGGCCAUCGUCACUGCGGACGGAGCGGGAGACGACUUCGCCGUAAACAAACAUCUCCUAGAUGAACCUCAAAUAACAGGAGUUGAGUAG